UAAAAGAAACACCUCUUAAGAGCUCACCAAGGACUGGAGAGAAUAUGAACGCAGGAGCUACGGAGGAGCACCAACACACAGAAGAGCAUCCCAUUUCUGCUCAAGCAGGAGAAGAAAGUAUUAGCAUCAAUCUUGCAAAGAAGGUGAAUGCUAAUAAUAAGAUCCGGAAGAAAUUUACAGGAAGACAUCAAAAUCAGCAUCCACAAAAAGUGGAUAGGAUUGAUCUGAGACAUAACUCCUCAAUUUCAGAACUUCUUAAGACGACCAGUAAUCAUAUAAUAAGAGAGACUGAGCAAGAGUACAUUUCUACAGAUAAAAUACAACCUUUUGAAUUUGAAUUUAGUCAACACAAUGUCAAUGAUACAGUUGACAAUCAUACCAAAGGACAAUACAUUGAGCCUAAAACCAUUGGAGGAAAAGCUAUCAAAAGGAUGCAGAAAAUAGAAUCUAAUGAGCCUGAGAAUAACGAGAGCCUCUCCCAAAGAAUUCAAUCAAGAGAAGUCGCAGUCAGCACCUCUAGUAUCAACAUCACUGAUAUAAAAGAGAAAGGAGUCAUGCCAAAAAGAGAUAAAAUUACUAAAAUCAAUCAAGAAAUUUAA